AUGAUGGGAGAGCAACUUGGCAUUGCUGGCCCCAAAAGGGACGAAAGGAUCUUCGCCACUCAACCUGCCAACUCGUGCUUCUCUUCGGGCUCCAGCCUUCCCGAGAAAGAGUACUUCCUGUUCCGGGUUAUCUGGGACCACCAGAAGGACAUCAACAACUCCAACCAGUACAUGCGGAACAACCUGACUAGAAGCUCGGGGCAAGCGAAGCCAGCCAGCACCUAG